UGUUUGGUGGCCACAAGUUGCAUACAAGAAUAUACUUAUUAAUAGUAGUCUGAGAAGCAUAGACUCUUCUCUUUGCCAAGAAAUUACUUACGAGAGAUUCAUGUAUUUCAGUUCAUGUCUUCAUCAUUUGGUGAAAGUAGGUGCCUGUGUGCCGAUUCAUGGCUAGCAGUUGACAUCUGGCCUUAAUUUUCUUUCUAAUUUUUACAUGCUUGUACACUUCUCCUGCCGCAAGCAGAGAUACACUGAAACCAUGCCAUACAUUCAAUUAUACCAUGUAGCUUACUGCUGCUCUUCGUGAAUAUCAAUAAUACACCCAUACAUGCUGUGGCCCGUAGUUGAAUCACUUGAAUGUUAUCACUUGGGGCUUGAGCUAUUCCCUUGUAACACUGUUUAGGAAGGCUUUUUACAUCAUUUACUGAGAUUUUUCUUGUUUUGGAGCAAGAUACUGAGACCUGCUCCUGUAUCUCUUGCUAAUUAAGGCAUUUUUCUUCUAUGUGAACUCUGUGUGUCUCAAAGUCUUCCAUGUGAAAGGGCAUUGACUAUUAAGCAGUUGGUCUUCUAAGAUUGUUCUCAUAAGAGAGUGACUGAAUUCUUUUCUUAUAUUGCAAGAUUAUAUCUUGUUAGAUUUCAGGAGCCUACUAAUGUUGGGUCUACGUAUUAAUGGUAGUUUGAAAAGCAUAUCAUGUGGGAGACCUUUGUCAAGAAUAUGAUUUGGUAUAUAUUAACGUUAUUCAGUUCAUGUGUUCAUCAUCUGGAGAAAUUAAGUAAUAGACUUUGUGUUGAUUCAUGGCUAGCAGUAGCCGUCUGGCCUUAGUUCUUGUCUUUACUAUUUCAUGCUUCCAGUCUUGUCAUGCUGCAAGAAGAAAUACACUGAAACCAGGUGAUACGCUCAAUUCAUCGAGCUCCUUAGUCUCCAAAACAGGGAAGUUCACUUUGGGUUUCUUUGAAAAUGGAAACUCGAAAACCAGCUAUCUAGCAAUCUAUUAUAUCAAUGCUGGAAAUUCUAUAAAUUAUGCAUGGAUCGCCAACCGGAAAACACCCAUUUUAUACCCAACAGGAGUUCUUACCUUGGACAAGAACAACACAUUGAAAGUUACCCAAAAUGGUGGUGAUCCUCUGCUUCUUUACUCUGCUUCGGAAAGUAGUACCAAUAAUACCAGUGUUGUUGCUACCCUUUUGGAUUCUGGCAAUUUCAUCCUACAACAAGUGAACUCCGACGGAUCAACAAAGAGGGUGUUGUGGCAAAGUUUUGAUCAUCCUGGAAAUACCCUUUUGCCAGGUAUGAAGUUAGGUGUUGACCAUAAAAAUGGUCACAUUUGGUCACUUUCAUCAUGGUUGAGUCUGUACAACGCAGAACCGGGGGCUUUCACUCUAGAUUGGGACCCCGGUGAACACCAGUUGAAGAUCAGGCAGCGCGGGAAGGUUUGUUGGAGUAGCGGUGUCUUUACCAAUGGAAGAUUCAAGUUUGUACUACCUGAUGAUGAUUCCAAGAAGAUGAGGUACAACUUUACCAUUGUUUCAAAUGAGAAUGAAGAUUACUUUACUUAUACUGCAGUAGAUGAUCAAAGUGAUGGAUCCCAAUGGGUGCUGAAUGUACUGGGGCGGCUUCGUGACUUUGAUAUAAAUGUUGAUAUUGUGCGAGCAGAUUACUGUUAUGGCUAUAACAGUGAUGGAGGGUGUGAGAGAUGGGAGCAGCCUGGUUGCAGACAUGUUGGUGAUCGAUUUGAGCUACAACAAGGUUACUUUCAAGCAAUUACCAGCUCUGCUUCAACAUUUACGAGUAAUUCAAAUACGAGUCAGGGAUAUAGUGAUUGUAAAGCAACUUGUUGGAACUAUUGUGGCUGCCUUGGUUUCAACUAUCGGUUUAGUAAUCAGACUGGAUGCCAGUUUUGGACUGGAAAAUGGAAGUUCAUUGAAGACCUCACUGAUGAUGAUUCAAGGAUAUUUGUUUAUACAACAAAGCCAACUCCUACUAUUAACGAAUAUGAGUGGAGAUGGAUUGGCACUGGUAUCGCAGUUGCUCUACUUGUAAUUAUGUUUUUUAUUCUCAGCUAUCUUCUAAGGAGAAGAAAAUUUUUACUUUCAGGUGAGAACAGGAAAAAGAUUCAGAAUGAGUUGCUGAACUUAAUGACAUCUAAUCGACCUACUGAUGUGAAUGUGGUUCAAAAUGAUGGAAAGAUGGUACAUCAUGAUUUAAGCGUAUUUAGCUAUGCAUCUAUCAUGGUUGCCACUUGCAACUUCUCCAAAGAAAACAAGCUCGGAGAAGGGGGCUUUGGACCUGUUUAUAAGGGAAAAUUGGUGACAGGAAAAGAAAUAGCUGUGAAGAGGCUUUCAGAAUGUUCAGGGCAAGGAACAUUACAGUUUAAGAAUGAACUUAUACUUAUAUAUGAGCUCCAACAUACGAACCUUGUUCAGCUUUUUGGAUUUUGUAUUCAUGGUGAUGAGAGGAUGUUGAUAUAUGAGUACAUGCCAAACAAAAGCUUGGACUACUUUUUAUUUGAUUCAACCAGAGCGCUGCUGCUAGAUUGGAAGACGCGAUUCAGUAUAAUAGAAGGAAUCACUCAAGGAGUGCUGUACUUGCACAAGUACUCAAGAAUGCAAGUGAUUCAUAGAGAUUUGAAAACUAGUAACAUUCUACUUGAUGAAAAUAUGAAUCCCAAAAUUUCUGAUUUUGGUAUGGCAAGAAUCUUUACUCAUAAUGAACGGGAAGCAAAGACUAAGACAAAGAGGAUUGUCGGGACAUAUGGUUACAUGUCACCGGAGUAUGCUAUGGGAGGAAUUUUUUCCAUAAAAUCCGAUGUGUAUAGUUUUGGAGUACUAAUGCUUGAGAUCAUAAGUGGUCGGAGAAACACGAGCUUCUACGAUGAUGAUCGUGUGGUCAAUACAGUGGGAUAUGCAUGGGAGUUAUGGAAAGACGGUGCAGGGUUAGCAUUCAAGGAUCCAACACUAGGUGAUUCAUGCAACGGGGAUCAAUUGCUGAGAUGCAUCCAUGUUGGUCUACUAUGUGUGGAGGAGAAUGGAGCCGAUCGGCCUACUAUGUUGGAAGUCAUUUCCAUGUUGACAAAUGAAAGCAUGUCACUACGUGCACCUACAAAGCCAGCAUUCUGUGUAGAGAGAAAAGGAUUGAGAACUGGCACAGUUGGAAAGGGUUCAGAAACUAUGUCGAUAAAUACCAUGUCCAAUUCUGAUUAUGAUGCACGUAAGCCUAGAAGUCUCACCUUGAUUUUCAUUCUCAUCACCCUGUUGGACUCCGGCACCUUUAACCUUAUUCAGAGAGUGAAGUCCGAUGAUGAUUCGGCUCCUCCAGGAACAUUUCUGCCAGGCAAGAAGCUAGGUGUGAACCAUAGAACCGGCAACAUCUGGUCACUUUCAUCAUCACCAAGUCCUUUGGGUGCUUUCACACUUUCUUGGGAGCACAAACGACGCCAAUUGCAUAUUAGCCUAGGUGAGGUGGUUUAUUGGAGUAGUGGAGUCUUUAAAGAUGGGAGGUUCGAAUAUAUAUCAUCACCCAGGUACAAUUUCACCAUCGUUUCAAAUAAAAUAGAAGACUCCAUCACCUACAGCACCGUGGAUCAUACUGAUAAAGUGUCAGCAUGGCUGCUGAAGGACACGGGGGAUCUGUAUGAUACUUAUACAGGAGAUGACAUUGCGCGAGCAGACUGCGAUGGCUAUAGCACCGAGAAAGGGUGCCUUAGAAGACUCCGGCCAAGUAGUUGCAUGGCGACAUUUGGGGUUGAGUUUCAGCUGAGAAAAGUUUACUGUCAUUCAACUAGUGAAAGAACCCCAUAUUAUUUUAGGAAUGUAAGUAAUGGCGCUAGUGAGUGCAAGGCUGCUUGUUGGCAAGAUUGUGAAUGCCGUGGCUUUGACAUUGCGAUUAAUCAAACCGCUGGAUGCCGGUUUUGGAGUGCAGACUGUCAAUUUGAUAAAGUCAGUGGAUUCAGUUCUGGAUCUAUUUUCGGUUCUGGAUCUAGUUUUGUGCUGUCAAGAUUAAUCCCUUUACAACCAUCGUCUCCCAGAAGUAUUAAACAAGAUCCAGCACGUAGGUUGAUCUGGAUUGGCACUGCUGUUGUCUCUGCUCUACUGGUAAUGGUGAGUUUGUUCGCCUGCUAUCUACUAAUAAGAAGAAUAGGAAGGAAAUUAGUACAUUCAGGUAUAUUCUUUAAACAUUAUGCGUGCAGCCUGUUAAUAAAGAUUUCAAUAUUUCAUUUAGUGUCAAAUGUUAAUUAUCUGCACAUAUCUACAUAUACAGGCCGAAAUGGAGCAAAGGUUCAGGAAAUUCUUACCUUGAUGAAACCUAAUAUACCUACUCAUGAAAAUGAUGGAAAGAUAGGAAAUGAUAUAAGCGUUUUUAGCUACACAUCUGUUAUGGCUGCUACACGCAACUUCUCAGACGAAAACAAGCUCGGUGAAGGGGGGUUUGGAUCUGUUUAUCAGGGAAAAUUGGUGACGGGACAAGAAAUAGCCGUAAAGAAGCUUUCCAAAAAUUCAGAGCAAGGCGCUCUAGAGUUUAAGAAUGAAUUGAUACUCGUAUAUGAACUCCAGCAUACUAACCUUGUUCAACUUUUUGGAUUUUGCAUUCGUGGUGAAGAGAGGAUGUUGAUAUAUGAGUACAUGCCAAACAAAAGUCUGGACUACUUUUUGUUUGAUUCAACCAGAGGUGUGCUACUCGAUUGGAAAAGGCGUUUCAACAUAAUUGAAGGAGUCGCUCAAGGAUUGCUUUACUUGCACAAAUACUCCAGAAUGAGAGUGAUUCAUAGAGAUUUGAAGGCCAGUAAUAUUCUACUUGAUGAAAGCAUGAAUCCAAGAAUUUCUGCUCACUUUAGCAGGAUAUACAUGGGAGCUAUGGAAAAAAGAUGCAGCGUUGGAACUAAUGGAUCCAACACUAGGCAAUUCCUGUGAUGAGGAUCAAUUGUUAAGAUGCAUCCAUGUCGGUCUGCUCUGUGUGGAAGAGAAUGCAACCGAUCGGCCGAACAUGUCGGAUCUCAUAUCUAUGUUGACAAAUGAAAGCGUGCCUUUACCUAAACCAACAAAGCCAGCAUUUUGUACAAGGAGAAAUGUGAUCACGUCUGGUAUAGAUAGGAAGGGGCCAGAUCUUGAAUCUAUAAAUGGUCUGUCCAUUUCUGAUUUUGCCGCCCGUUAAAGCUAGUAAUCAACACACAUCCUCUCCUGAUUGUAGUUUUAUGUAAUUGGCAUCUAAUAUGUACUUAGAACAAAGUGGGUCAGCGAUAAUAUGUACAUACAUAUACGUUUUGGGGAUUAUCACGGCAUUCCACUUUGUAAAAUUUUUUCACACUCCACUCUAAGCAAUAAAAAGUGGAGUGUAAGUGAAAACGAAGUGUCAAAAUCACUAUAUUAUGAAUUCCCAAAAAAAAAAAAAUCACUAUAUU